AUGUCCUACGCCGACGCCGCUUCCAAGGGCCCUAAGCAAACCCCCGAGGAUGCGGUAUCUACAAAGAUGAAUCCGAAAGCACCGCCUCCCUCAUCGACGUCGACUCCCCCCCACGUCCAAGCCGUCGACCCAGACUUCCUCCAACAGGACGUGCAAACCACCACCCAAGCCGAGCGCCUGGAGCGCGAAGCCGAGGAGAAGGAGCGCGAGCGCGCCCGUGAAGUUGCCGGCAAGAAGGCCAAGGGUCGCAAGGCGCAGAGCAGCGGUGUCUCUGCCAAUGCCGGUAACCCGGUCUAUAUUGGUAAUGCCCUUGUGAUGACUCUGGUCGGUGCGGGUCUUGGCUUCGGCGCUUAUCGCAAGCAUGUUGCUGGUAAGCUCUCGUGGGAGCUUGUCGGGCUGGUGUCUGGAGCUGUUGGUGCUUUUGGUGUGGCGGAUUACUAUGUUAGCAAGUGA